AUGAAUGAUGGUAGAUCUCAAGUUUCCAGUGAAACAAACCUUCUCCAGAAGGUUGGUUUCGACAAUAAUAACAGAAUCGAGCAAAGGCUUGCAACUGUUAUUAAUAGAAUGAGAUCGAACUACAUCAUUUUGGCAUAUACGAUGAUGAUCAUCUCAUUUAUCCAAUCCAUUGCAAUUGGCUUCUAUGCCACUUCAAGUGAAAUGUUAUCCUCGAACAAAUACACAAAUACAGUAUAUGUUUUUCUGAAAUUUUUUAUUUCAUUAGGAUCAUUAUGGAGUGGUAGUUCAGAAAAACAUGCAAAUGAAGUCAUAAUUAUCGUUUUUUGUUGCAUUGUAGUGAUGUGGCUCGUUUUUUAUGCCAUUUUCAGCAUUAUGUACAUUUCAAAGAAGUCAUUUUCAACAUUUAUCGUAUAUUUCCUACUUUACAUUGGUUUUUACUGCUUUUCCAUUACAACCAUCUGGGCUGGAUCAGCUACAGGGUACUUUGUCAAAACAAUUAUUCAUACAAAAGAAGCUUACACUACUUUUUCAUAUGUAUCCUUGAUUUGUUUCAUUAUUUUAGCUUAUAUAUCAUAUUUCAUGGACAGAAUAUACCAAUCAUCACCAGAUGUUGACACAGUAGAUAGAUUUUCUUUUUGGCCUCAGAAUAUUCUUCCAAGGGUCUAUAGGACAAAUACUAAGUACUUGAUGUCGAUCUUACUUGAGCUCUUCAGAGAUUCCAAAUUACAAUACCUCGCGUUGGGAAUUGAUAUUGUUUUAGCUGGUAUCGGUAUUUAUAUAUUGCUUAGCUCCGAGACAACAGUUUAUCCUAGUGGAAAGGUAGUUUUAUCAGCAGAAUACGUUACAAUCAUAGUUUCUCACAUAUAUUAUAUUAUUUUCAAAAAUGUUAAGAUGAAUAACAUUUUAUGCUUCUUCCUUAACAUAUUUACAAUCAUUAUAGUCAUUGCCAUCAUUGCUUUUCUCGUUCAAAGGUUCUCAAAAAUUCAUAUUGAUUUAUUAUACUCAAAAUUCGAGAACCUUGUUGAAAACAUCAACAAUCCAACACAGUGCAUUACCAUCAUCAAAUUGGGCAUCGUAUACAACGCUCCGUGCAUUUCUAACCAUACAUUACUGAAUUGGACGAUAAACAGAUGGCCGAACAACCAAGACCUUCAGCUACUUAUUGCUUUCAUUUUCUACCUACUGAAAAUGAAGUACAGAGAGAUUUUGGACCUUGUUUCAGUUUGUGUCGAUUUAGCUCCUCUUUCAUCGUACAACAGCCUUCUAUUCUACCAGAUCUUCAACAGGCUGCCAACGAAUGAGGCCCAGCUUCAAAGACAAGUCGAAGAUGUCAAAAGAUUAUAUGAAAUUCCGAAAAUUUCUUUGAGAAACUUUUGGGAUGCGAUAUUAAGGCAUCACAACGAUGAAGCUCUUCAUCAAUGCCUUCUUUACCACAACAAUAUUGAUAAUAUCAACCAGUUAUUCGCAAAUUUCAUUUUUGAACACCCUUCUUCUGAUUGUGUCCUCGAAGAAUACGUUAAUUUCAGUCGUAACAUAUCAGGAAACAGGAUUACAGCGACUGCUACUGAACAAAGGCUUCUUAAACUAAAAGAUUCUCAUGAUGAGCUUCCAGAAAACAAUGAAGAGUCAAUUGCACAGAUCUCCAGGCUUUCUACAAUCAAAUCAUCUGUUUUCAUCUCAGAAUUUUCAGAAGCACAUAUCGAUAUUGACAAAACAGACCAUGGAAUACAAUCAGCACUGAAUGCAAGACCAAUGUACUGGCCAAUCAGAUUUUUUGUUGUUGCUAUAUUGAUUUCCAUCAUUUCUUUGGGAUUAUCAAUUGCUGUUUAUAUCAUUUCCAACAAACACAUUGACAGAGUUGAUGAUCAAGUGUUAUUAAUAUCUAAUCUCCAUAAAUUAAUACAUGUUACAUGCAAAAUCUUAUUUGCAACUCUUUCAUUUCCAACACAUAACGCAACAGUCCAUGCAGAUCCAGAAUUCAACCUCGCAACAGAACGUGCUAAUCUCAAUGCACUCACAAACGAAUUCGAUACAUUGAUUUACGACUCAUUCCAAAACUAUGACUCAUUUCCUUUGGCUUAUCUCCAUUCAUGGGUCGAAUCAAAGAUCGAAGCACCUGUUUUGAGUCCGGAAGAACCAAUCGAUCGAAAUCUUACUUAUAUUGAUAUAAUGCGUUUGUACCAAAUUUCAGCACGAAGUCUAUCAGCGACGAGUGAGAAUUACAUUGGAACACAAGAAGAUCCAUCAUCAUCCAUUGAACAAUGCGUUUACUUUUAUCCGGCAAUUUCUAAAGCAUUACAAAAUCAAAUCAAAACACUGAAAGAUUUGAUAAAUAAUGAGAAAAUCCCUGCACAACGGAAUGUUUAUAUUGUUGUUAUUGUUGGUGUUGGCACUUGUUUCUUAAUUGUUUGUAUCGCAUUACCAUUUAUCAUUGUUGAGAUCAAGAAUGAAUUUAAAUUCUUGAUUUCUCUUUAUUCGACUGUUCCUACUAAAACAGUUACAAACAUUUUAGGAUUACCACAAGAAUACGAAGAAUUCGAUACAACACUUUCAGACAAAAAGAAAGAUGCAGACCAUCUCUCAUUCACAGACAUGAAAAUGCAUUAUGUCAUCAUUCUUAUGCUCAUGGCUUUCAUCAUUAUCAUGUUACCAAUCAUUUCAUUUGUUACAUCAUUUAUUUCGCACACAAACCAAGCUUCUUUUGUCAUUGAUUCCAUGCAAGUUUCUAGUGACAUGAUUUCAUAUUUAGGAUAUAUUUAUUUAUACGCGUAUGAUUUAAUUGGUGAUUUUAUGCAUCCGAACAAAACAUCCAUGGAAGAAGAUUUCAAAGAAGCAGUUACAGCCAUGAUUACUCGAUACAACGAAUUGAUCUUUGGAGGCACAGAUGACCUUCAAGACGGAUUUAUUUUCCAGAAGAACUAUCAAAACUAUUUGUUGGAAUCUCGAUGCCAAUCAUUAGUUGUUGGUGACAUUCCUAAUUCAUCAUGCAUCACAUAUACAACAGCUGUUUACUUUUUGUUUGUUCAUUGUUACAGAUUAUUAAAGAUGGGAACUAUGCCUAAUAGUUACGACAGUUACUGGUGGAUCCAUUUCGUCGAGAUUUCAUAUGAUAUAUUGAAUUCACUUUCACUUGAAUUCUACAACCAAUCAAUGACAACAAUCAACUCUAUGAUGGCAGGAUCAAACGGUGUCUACAAUGGAUUUGAAAUCCUUCUUUGUUUCAUUCUUUUCUUCAUCGAAGUUGUUUUGUGUGUUUUGUUCAUCAAAUACUCAUUGACUCCAUCAAUGCGUGCAUGUUUGGAUCCAAUCCUUGUUAUGGAUUUCGAAUCAGUCAGUGAGUCACCACAAGUUGUUCGAUUCUUGCAGGGUGAAUAUGACCAUGUUUUCCGUAAAACAGCACAGAACACUAAACAGAAAGCAGUACAAGUCAUCAGCCAUAUCAAUGAUUUCAUUUCUGAUGGCAUUAUUGCUCUUUCUCAUGAUGGAACAGUUAUUGGAACUAACAGAAGAUAUCAUGAGAUGUUCAACAACACACCAAUCGAUGUAAUUGGUCGUAAUAUCAGUGAGAUCAUCUCUAACACACAAAACCCUGUUUUCGAUGCAAUCGAACUUGUCAAACGCGGUGAAUUAGUUAGUUCACAGUUAAUUGACACAACAUUGUUCACAGAUGACGAACGAGAAGUUCCAGUUACAGUUAAAGUCAUCUCCAGUGCAGAACAUGGAACUAAAAACACAUCAUGUGCGUUAAUCAUUACAGAUCGUUCUACAAUUGUUGCACACAAUGUAACAUUAACACAUGAGAAGUCUAAAAUCGAACAGAUGAUUUAUUCAUUAGUUCCACGACAAAUCGCUGUUUCUUUAGUUUCAGGAAAGCGUGAUUUGACAUUUGAAGUCAAAAACGCAACAAUAUUAGUUGCAUCUGCAGUCAAUUUCACUGACACAACUAGUGGAAUGCAAGCCAAACAAUCUGUUAAUGUUCUGAACAUCUUUUUGAAAGAGUUUGAUUCUGAAUUAGGAUCAUUCCCAACAUUGACGAAACUUCAUGCAUUUGGCGAACACUACAUUGUUGGUUCUGGUUUCUUUGAAGGUGAUGGCACUCCAGAACAAGUUGCACAGAAUGUUGUUAACUUUGGUAAGAAGAUGAUUCAGCUUGCACAAAUGGUUUCUAAUGUCAAUUCACACCGUCUGCGAUUCCGAAUUGGUAUCCACAGCGGUGGUCCUCUUCUUUGUGCAGUUUUGGACAACGGUGCACCAACAUUUGAAGUCAUUGGUCCAACGAUGAAGACAGCACACACAAUCGAACGAUUGGGCAAAGUCGACAACGUUAAUUUGUCACAAGAAACAGUUGAUUUGCUAUCUAACAGUGGCUUCACAGUUCAACAGUACAAAUCUAAACUUAUUGCCUACGGCAAAGCUACAUAUGUACUCGCAAAUCCAUAA